AUGUCCGCACGCACAAGGCGACAAAAGGCCGCCCAGCAGGCGCAGGCUCAGGCGCAGGCUCAGGCUCAGGCUCACAGCGACGACGAGCACGCCGACUCUCUCGCCAACGGGCACAGCAACGGCUCCAAGAACGGCUCGGCUGGGUCGCCCAAGACGAACGGGAGUGCCAGGCGCAAGAGGUCGCCGCCGCGGGACGGCCAGCACAGCGAGAAGGAGAACAUCUUCCUCUUCUGGCCCAAUAUCAUCGGCUACGUCCGGAUUGUCCUCGCAACCGCCUCGCUCUACUACAUGCCCCUUCACCCCCGGACAUGCUCGGCCCUGUACAGCGUCUCCUGCCUGCUCGACGGGCUCGACGGCUACGCAGCCCGCGUCUACAACCAAUCCACCACCUUCGGCGCCGUGCUCGACAUGGUCACCGACCGCUGCACCACCGCCUGUCUGCUGGUCUUCCUCAGCUCCGCCUGGCCUCGCUGGGCCAUCCUCUUCCAGGGCCUGAUCUCCCUCGACCUGACCAGCCACUACAUGCACAUGUACGCCACCCUGACCAUGGGCGGCUCCAACCAGAGCCAUAAGAAGAUCGAUUCGAGCCGCAGCUGGAUCUUGUACCAGUACUACAACAACAAGGCCGUCCUGUUCACUUUCUGCGCCAUGAACGAAAUGUUUUUUAUAGGAUUGUAUCUGCUUUCGUUCUCCUCGCCGACCCUCUCGCCCUCCCUGCUGCAGCCCAGUGCGGUCCCCGUAGCCCAUCCGACCACCCUCUUUGCCAACCCGUGGAGCGCCGGAGCCCUCGAGAUGGCCCGCGCAAACAAGAUGGACAGCUUCUGGCCGUGGGUCCUGACGGGCAUCUCGGCUCCCAUCAUGGCUGGAAAGCAGUUCAUUAAUAUCGUUCAGAUGGUCAAGGCCAGCCGGUGGUUGGCAGAGGGAGACAUUGCCAGACGGCGUAAGCUGGGCAUCGCAAAGUGACUCCCUUGAUCCAUCACUAUGGGUGCUCCCCCCCUGCUGCAUUUAUUCACCUCUUACCACACUUAAUCAUCUCAUGGAGUUUUCAUGCUGGUCGGAAACAAAAAUGCUCUAUCUAUACUUACUGCUCACACCACGUCAAGCCUUAUGUUCUGUUCUGCUCUGUUCUGUUCUCUGUCAUUUGUUUACCAUUCACUUUUAUUCUCUUUUGUCUUUUCUUGCUUCUUCUCUGUGAUAUCUUCUUUAUCUUCUACUUUUACCGCUGAUACGAUCUUCUAUCACACUUCCCUUCCUGUUUAUGAUUUUGUAUUAAUAGCAUUAGAGCCCCUAGGAUAGGGUCGAGGACUAGGAACCGGUGCCGAGCUGAUGUGCUAUGUAUCACGUCUCGCAUUUGCAAUCUACCGCUGUUCAGCGCAUCUACCUCGUAGGAGUAUACUGUCAUUAUCAAACCGGACUGAUUAUAGUAUUAUCACCAAACCAUCGGAUUGAAUAUGCAGGUGUUUCUAUUAAGUCUCCGUGUUUUUAUAUAGAUUGAAAAAUAGCUGACUAGGGCCGUAACAAUUAUG